GUGAGAGGAAUACACACGAUCAUCCGGCUAGAGGUAAUUCUCAAUUGGACUGCAUUGUGUCAGUGACGGUUCUUCCCAUACUAUGGCCGCGAGCACGACCGCGGGGUCAUCCGGAUCCCCCAACGACACCACCACCCAAAGCGACGGGCUAGAGAUCUACGCCGACCUGCAAAAAUGGAUGACCCAGCACGGCGGCCACCUGCACGACGCAGUACAAGUUGCCCGCGACGACCAGCGCGGCGUGCACCUCCAGGUCCGCGGUGACUGGUCCGGGGGCAGCGGCAGCGGCCUGGGCGUAGACACGCACAUCAUCCAGACGCCCUUGACGACCACGCUCUCGUACUUCAACGUCAUCGGGUACCGGUCUCCUCCGCCUUCGUCCUCUCUACCCGACGACAGUGCAGCCGGGUCCGGGUCUUCUCCAAUCGUUGAGUUCAAGUCCCAUGGCUUGGACUUCCCGCCAGCGUUUGUCGACGCAGUCGGGUCCAAAGAGGCGACCGUUUUUUUCUUGGUCGGUCAGUACCUGCGUGGACCGCAAGGCUUUUGGUACCCUUAUCUCCGGACGUUGCCGCAGCCGGACACGUUGACUACGCCGUUGAGUUACGAGGGGGAGGAUGUCGCGUGGUUGGCUGGGACGAGUUUGAUGGCUGCUAGGGAGCAGCGGGGGGAGCAGUUGAGGGGGAAGUAUGAGGUUGCGGUUCGGGCGUUGAGGGAGGCGGGGUUUCUGGGGUGGGAGAGGUAUACUUGGGAUCUCUAUCUGUGGGCUUCGACGAUUUUCUUCUCGCGCGCGUUCUCGGCCAAGGUGCUGUCUGGCGUGAUUUCUAAGGAUCAGUUGUCUGAGGAGAAUGUAUCGGUGUUGUUGCCCUUCUUCGAUGUCGCGAAUCAUCGGCCACUGGCGAAGGUGGAGUGGCGCGCGGAGAAGGAUGAAGUCAGGUUUGUGGUUCUGGAGAAUGUCGGUGCUGGGCAGGAGAUCUCCAAUAACUACGGACCGCGGAACAAUGAACAGUUGAUGAUGAACUACGGGUUCUGUCUGCCCGGCAACCCCUGUGACUAUCGCAUCGUCAGUCUGCGUGCACCACCUGGAAGCCCUCUCCAGCAGGCGCGAGCCCACCAGCUCCAGAUGUACCCGGAAUUGGCUGCGGACACGGAAGAUCACUACUACGUGUUCAAUAUCUUCUAUCCGCUGCUGGCGCCGGAUACUGCAAUGGAGCAUUCGAUCUUCUCGCCUGCUCUGCUGAACGCCGUCUCUGUCCUGGCGGCCAACAACCGGGAGUUGGAGACCCUCGAAAUCACGGACCAGGACAUCAAAAUCCCCAGCGCCUACGGGAACUCACGCGCGCUGCUGGCUGCAAUGAGCCAGAUUGUGAUCGAGCUGAUCACCCAUGCCGUGAAGCUGAGAGCUUCCGGUCAGGAUCUACAGAAUCCGGAGAACCUGAAACAGACCCAUGCGAAAAUGUACCGUGAAAGCCAGAUCAUGCUGUCCGAAACCGCUCUCGUGAUCGCGGCGUGGACGCUGAAUCGCGCGCGGCAACACAACUUCACUGGUAGCUGGGAGGAGACUAAACAGAUCCUUGGGGCCCAUAUGGCUCGUAUACCUGCCGGCAAAUUUCCGGAGGGGAUUUUGUCCCGGCUGCAGGUGCGCAUCUUGGAGAGAAAGUCACUCCUCACCAAGAACGGAGAGCUUUUCACCUUGACUGAGCUGCCGGACCUGUUGCCGACGGAGAUGCAACAGCCUUGCAAGGCAUGCAUCCAGGGUAUCCUAGGCACUGCGGAGAAUGCUAUCCCAGUGCUCAAAGGCAGCUCGGAGACGUCUCCCUUCGCCUUCCCCAUUUUCGUGUGCCUGGUUGUGGCGGUCCAUAUAAAUGGGACGGCGGCAGGCUUUGCAAAGGCGCAGUUGUCGCCUAGACUAUCUCGAUGGGCGAACUUCCUGCUCGAGAACUACCCGCCGCCGCCGAAUGAUGUGGCUUGGGCACUCGAGGACGAGGAUGAUGAGUAUCUGGUGAGCCAAUUUGAUGAGGCUCUGGAGAAGAUGAGAUCACAGAACUCCGGUGUGUUCUCCGGCUUGGAAGCGUAUACAGGUGCAUGGCAGAAGGACGACUGGUGGCUAUCGCCGAACUGGAUACGCUGGGCAUGGAUGCUAGGAGAGCAGGAGUGUGUGCAUAUGCCCGAAGAUCCGCUGAGUCUGCUUGCCAGUGAUGGGCAGGUCAUGUUGUCGACAGGAUCGUACUUGUAUAUUCCCCAAGAAGAGUAGAUGAG